UCAAAACUAAGCUGGCAAGCAAUUGGCAGCCAGCCAAGGCCAGGCAACCGAAGAAAUUUCCCUUUUUUUCUCCUAUCUUACAUUUCUUUUUCUUUUCUUUUCAUUUCGUUUCCACACUCGCCUGACCACCCAUGACUUGUUUGUCGAAAUUCCUCUGACAACUGACAACCCCCAAUUCCACCCUCCGGCCACCCUUCCCCCAGAAACGCCGCUUAAACCUCUGUCGGCAAGGCCUCCAUUCUUGCUUUUGUUGAUUUUUCAUUGGGGGAGAAGAAGCUAACAGGAAACGAGGAAAAUAAUGCAGAGGGCUAGGGAUCAGAGGUCAAAGUCUUCCAGACCCACAACAAUCCAUGGGUUUGCUCAAUCUGGGGAUCUCAAUGCCUUCCACAAGAUGCUUAAUGACAACCCUUCUCUCCUCAAUGAACGUAACCCCGUUAUGGCACAGACACCACUUCAUGUUUCUGCUGGUUACAAUAAUAUUGAGAUUGUUAAACUUUUGCUUGGUUUCCAAGGCCCAGAAAAGGUGGAGUUGGAAGCAAAGAACAUGUAUGGGGAGACGCCAUUGCACAUGGCUGCUAAGAAUGGAUGUAAUGAAGCUGCAAAGUUGCUUCUCUCUCAUGGGGCUCUUGUUGAAGCCAGAGCAAAUAAUGGGAUGACUCCAUUGCACCUUGCUGUUUGGCACUCAAUUCGAGUCGAAGACUAUUCAACAGUGAAGACAUUGUUGGAGCAUAAUGCUGAUUGUAGUGUCAAAGACAAUGAGGGAAUGACUCCCUUAAAUCAUCUCUCUCAAGGCCCUGGAAAUGAAAAAUUGCGAGAACUUCUUCAUAAACAUCUUGAGGAGCAGCGAAGACGUAAAGCCCUCGAAGCAUGCGGUGAAACCAAGGCAAAAAUGGAUGAACUUGAAAAUGAACUAUCAAAGAUAGUGGGCUUACAUGAGCUAAAAGUGCAACUCCGAAAAUGGGCCAAGGGGAUGCUACUGGAUGAGAGGCGUCAGGCCCUGGGACUGAAAGUUGGUGCAAGAAGACCACCUCACAUUGCUUUCCUUGGAAACCCUGGAACUGGAAAAACAAUGAUAGCUCGAGUACUUGGAAAACUACUUCAUAUGGUGGGCAUUCUUCCGACUGACAAGGUAACUGAAGUACAGAGGACAGAUCUUGUUGGGGAAUUUGUUGGUCAUACGGGACCAAAGACAAGGAGAAAGAUUCAAGAAGCUGAGGGGGGGAUUCUAUUUGUUGAUGAGGCCUAUCGACUAAUACCCAUGCAGAAGGCUGAUGAUAAGGACUAUGGUUUAGAAGCAUUAGAGGAGAUAAUGUCUGUCAUGGAUAGUGGGAAAAUUGUAGUGAUUUUUGCAGGCUAUAGUGAACCUAUGAAGCGUGUAAUAUCUUCGAAUGAAGGCUUUUGUAGGAGGGUGACCAAGUACUUUCACUUUAACGACUUUAGUAUCGAAGAUCUUGCCACGAUUCUUCAUCUUAAAAUGACUUAUCAAGCUGAAGGUAGUUUGCUGUUUGGAUUCAAGUUGCAUCCUUCAUGUAGUGUUGAAACUGUUGCAGCUCUUAUAAAGAGGGAAACCACAGAAAAGCAGCGCAAGGAGAUGAAUGGAGGCUUACUGGAUCCAAUGUUAGUUAAUGCGAGAGAAAAUUUAGAUUUCAGACUCAGCUUUGACUGUGUAGACGCCGAGGAAUUACUGACCAUUACACUGGAGGAUUUAGAAGCUGGCCUCCGAUUGCUAUCUCAAUAAGCGGUUGCUAGGCUCAACAAAUAUCAGAAACACAUUAGAAUAAAGUUCUCUCUAAUUACAAGUAAUGAAUAAAAUCUGUUGUCUGUGGUUUCAAUUUCUGAAGAAUCAUGGCUAUCAAGUUUAAGAUCUGCAAUGACUUGUGGCGGUUUGGCAAUGGAUUGGCAGAAUCUUGAUCUUGGAUCUCACUUGUCCCAUUUUUUGUUUACCUUUGUGGUCAUUAUAAUUGUUUGUUCUUUAAAUUUACUUAUGCCCUUUUAGAGUCUAUACAUUCUUUAUGUGAUAGGAGAAUUCUUUGUGAGGAUGUUUAUAGAUUUAUAGGAGAGUAGAAUGGUGGAAUGUAUUCUAUAUUCUUUAAUGACAAUAUGCUGUCUCUAUAUGUAAUUCAUGAAUUCCCACCUCUCCAGUCAUUGGAAAAUUCCAGUUUUUACUUGAA